UGAAAAUUUGAUUCUUCAAUCUUCAUAAUUGAAUUUGGCAGUCAAAUUCAUACACCCACUCCUCCAUUUUUAAAUUCUCCAAAUCCUUUCUAGAACAGCUAAGGCUGCUACCCCACCAUUUUUGAUCAUACUUCAACCUCUCCCCCUUUUCUCUUUCCAAUCUCUUUCGUCAUGUUUUUCUUUCUAGAAUUACUACUACUAUUUUUCUUAAUUAAUUAGUAUUACUUUUCAAUUUCUGUUGAUUUUUGAUUAUUGAUUGUUGAUUUUUGAAGGGGGCUUUUGUUAUUGUUGUCGCCACCCAUUACGACCUUCUUGAUUCCUUCUCUUUUGUUCUACAAUGCCAUUGACCUCUGAAUUUUCAAUCAAAUUAAUGCAUAAGAGACCUACGCGUUUCUACAAUUGGGUUUCUCUUGAUAUAUCUCCUUCUCCUUUACAUGUAAGUUCUUUCUCCAAUUACCCAUUUUAGUUCUUUCAUUCCAUCAAUUAUAUAUUAGUAAUUUACAGAAGAACAGCUUUGUAUACUGAAUUUAGUGUUAGAUUCUAGCUUUGUAUAGAUUAUACACUAGCCGAGUUUAGUUUAAGAGUAUUCAACUGCCGUUAAUUGUUUUUUUAAGGGUGAUUUGUUGUGUUUCUUCAAUUUUUGAGUAGAAUUAGCUGCUGGGUAGUUCAUGGAUUCGAGUAUAGUUGACUCUGUGUGGGUUUAGCGGAAUUUGAUCUUCAGAUCAUGACCUACAAUUGACUGUUUUGAUCCCAUCUAUUGAGACACCCAGUUUCUUUGAUUUGUGCUGGUUUCUGCUGUAAACGAUCUGUUAAGAACCCUUUCUGGGAAUUCUCAAAUCUGUUCCUGGAAUGGAUGUUGGGAAAUCAAUUGAGAAUUCAGCUAAGAGUGACUCUAUUUUGUAUUCGGCCUCUAGGGGCCGUGGUUUGAGAUCCCCCUCGCAGAGGGAUUCCAUCAAACCUGUUGAGAAUUUGGUAAAGAGUGAUUCUGUUUUGGUUUCGUCGUCUCGAAGGAGUGCUGGGUCGUACCAUUCUGCUUCUAGUUUCGGAAUAGACUCGAAUUCAGUUGUUGAACAAUCAGCAAGAAAUGAUGCUUACUUGCAUUCCUCAUCUCGAGGAAGCUUGUCGUCUUACCAAUGGAGGUCGGCUGGAAAUUCUGUGAGGGAGGUGAAUUUUGGUGAUUUGGACCCAAAACCUAUUAGACAUGGGUCAAGGUCAGGUGAAUCCGAAGGGUUAGGCUUAUCUCAGAAGGAGAUAAACGAGGAAGAUGCAAGGUUUGUUUAUAUUAAUGAUCCAGCAAGGACAAAUGAGAGAUUUGAAUUUGCUGGAAAUUCGAUUCGUACUUCCAAGUAUUCAGUUAUCACCUUCUUGCCAAGGAAUCUGUUUGAGCAGUUUCAUCGGGUAGCGUAUAUAUACUUCCUUAUUAUAGCUAUCCUCAAUCAGUUGCCCCAGCUUGCAGUUUUUGGGCGGGGUGCUUCUGUAUUGCCUUUAGCUUUUGUAUUGAUUGUUUCAGCUAUUAAGGAUGCAUUUGAGGACUUUAGGAGGCAUCGAUCGGACAGAGUUGAGAACAAUCGGCUUGCUAAAGUAUUAGUUGAUGGUAAUUUUGAGCUUAAGAAAUGGAAGCAUAUUGAAGUUGGGGAAGUCAUGAAGAUUUCUUCGAAUGAGACUCUUCCUUGUGACAUAGUGUUGUUGUCCACAAGUGAUCCUACUGGGGUUGCUUAUGUGCAGACUAUUAAUCUGGAUGGGGAGUCAAAUUUGAAAACAAGAUAUGCCAAGCAGGAAACACAAUCGAAAAAUCCUGAAAAAGAGAACAUUGGUGGAUUAAUCAAGUGUGAAAAGCCUAAUAGAAAUGUAUAUGGAUUCCAUGGAACCAUGGAGGUUGAUGGGAAGAGAAUGUCACUUGGGCCGUCUAAUAUCGUUCUCCGUGGAUGUGAGCUCAAAAACACGGAUUGGGCUAUUGGGGUGGUGGUAUAUGCUGGCCGUGAAACUAAAGCCAUGCUUAAUAAUGCAGGAGCUCCGUCAAAGAGAAGUCGACUUGAGACCCAAAUGAAUCAAGAGAUCAUUUUGCUCUCUUUGUUCCUUAUUGCUUUAUGCACCAUAGUAUCCACCCUUUUUGGUACUUGGCUGAAGCGUCACAUGGAUGAAGUGAAUGAAACACCGUUUUACCGGAAAAAGGAAUACCAUAAAGGUGCUCCAAAAGAUUAUAACUACUAUGGUAUAGGCCUAGAAAUAUUCUUCACAUUCCUCAUGGCAGUUAUAGUCUUUCAGAUUAUGAUUCCUAUUUCACUCUAUAUAUCCAUGGAGCUUGUUCGGGUUGGUCAGGCUUAUUUCAUGAAUCGAGAUGCCACUAUGUAUGAUAUUACUUCAAAUGCUACAUUUCAGUGCAGAGCCUUAAAUAUAAAUGAGGACUUGGGGCAAAUAAAGUAUGUGUUCUCAGACAAAACUGGGACUCUGACUGAAAACAAGAUGGAAUUUAAAUGUGCCAGCAUUUGGGGGACGGAUUACAGUGUUCCAACUUCUGAUGAACUGGACGAACGGAAUGCAUACUUUAUUGAAGUUGACGACCAGGUUCUGACGCCAAAGGUGAAAGUGAAGGUUGAUUCUACUCUGCAAAGGUUGGUGAAGAGUCGAAAUGGCACUGAUGUGGGAAGACGUGUAUAUGAUUUCUUUCUUGCUCUGGCUGCGUGCAAUACCAUUGUACCUAUAGUGUCAAAUUCUUCUGAUUCUUCUGUGAGGACCAUCGAUUACCAAGGAGAAUCUCCUGAUGAGCAGGCGUUGGUUUUUGCUGCGGCUGCUUAUGGAUUUAUGCUUGUUGAAAGAACCUCUGGCCACAUAGUUAUUGAUAUUCAAGGAGAAAGACAAAGGUUUGAUGUUUUGGGUCUUCAUGAAUUUGAUAGUGACCGAAAGAGGAUGUCUGUUAUACUGGGUUGUCCGGAUCACACUGUGAAAGUCUUUGUAAAAGGUGCUGAUACAACUAUGUUUAGUGUGAUUGACAAAUCCUUGAAUAUGGAUGUAAUUCAAGCAACAGAAGCCCAUCUUCAUUCGUACUCCACACUGGGUUUGAGGACUCUUGUGGUAGGAAUGAGGGAGCUUGACCAAGCAGAAUUUGAGCGGUGGCAGCAUUCCUAUGAGGCUGCAAGCACUGCUUUAAUCGGAAGAGCAGCUCAACUUCGUAAGGUUGCCAGCCACAUAGAAAAGGAUCUGACUAUACUAGGUGCCUCUGCAAUUGAAGAUAGAUUGCAGCCAGGUGUGCCCGAAGCGAUUGAAUCUUUAAGAAAUGCGGGGAUAAAAGUUUGGGUCUUGACUGGUGACAAGCAAGAAACAGCUAUAUCAAUUGGCUAUUCGUCAAAGCUUCUCACGGGUGGAAUGAAACAGAUCAUUAUUAAUAGAAACUCUAAGGACUCAUGUAGGAGGAGUUUGCGUGAGGCAAUCGAAACAUCAAAUACUUCUGGGCCAACUCAACUUGCCUUAAUUAUUGACGGUAGCAGUCUUGUAUAUAUUCUGGACUCUGAACUAGAGGAAGAGCUCUUCAUGUUAGCCAGUAAAUGUGAUGUCGUGUUGUGCUGCCGGGUGGCUCCUUUGCAAAAGGCAGGAAUCGUCGCCCUCAUAAAACAGAGAACUGAUGACAUGACCCUUGCCAUUGGGGAUGGUGCCAAUGAUGUUUCCAUGAUUCAAAUGGCUGAUGUUGGAAUAGGCAUAAGUGGACAAGAAGGUCGACAAGCUGUCAUGGCUUCAGAUUUUUCAAUGGGACAAUUUCGAUUUCUGGUGACACUGCUGUUGGUUCACGGGCACUGGAAUUACCAAAGAAUGGCAUAUAUGAUAUUAUACAAUUUCUACCGAAAUGCAAUUUUUGUUGUUCUCAUGUUUUGGUACACACUUUUUAAUGGGUUUACUUUGACCACCGCUAUCACGGAAUGGAGCAGUGUCAUGUACUCCGUUCUGUAUAGUUCUGUGCCUACUGUUGUUGUUGCAAUUCUUGACAAGGACUUGGGUCGAAGAACUCUUCUCAGGUUUCCGAGGCUCUACGAAGCUGGACAAAGGGAAGAGUCCUACAACUCAAGGCUCUUUUGGCUGACAAUGGCGGACACAUUGUGGCAAAGUGGAGCUAUCUUCUUUCUCCCUCUCUUUGCAUAUUGGAAAUCUGACAUCGACGCCUCUAGCCUUGGGGACAUCUGGACUAUCGCAGUUGUAAUUAGUGUCAACUUGCACUUGGCUAUGGAUGUAAUAAGAUGGAAUUGGAUCAUGCAUGCAGCCAUAUGGGGAUCUAUAAUUGCAACUUUCAUUUGUGUCAUCAUCAUUGAUGUCAUUCCCGUUCUUCCUGGCUAUUGGGCUAUCUUCCACACAAUGGGUCGCGGGUCUGCCUGGUUGUGCUUGAUUAUUGCCCCGGUUGCUAGCAUAAUUCCUCGUUUUAUAUUCAAAGUCUUUGGCCAACGCUUUUUUCCGGGUGAUAUCCAGAUUGCAAGAGAAGCAGAGAAGUUGGGUACGCUAUCAGAUUGGGAACACAGUGAGAUUCAAAUGAACCAAACACAUGUUGAUCGACGGAGAUGAUUUAUCGAGCUCAGAGAUCACCGGUAGGCUUUUGUUUUCUUUUGUAAAAAGUUUUAUACAUAAUAAGUAGGCAGUUUUUCAUUCCUUCAUAAUUUAGAAAAAAUCAAUAUUCUUUGCUAUCCAAAGGAUAGAGGUUAGCAUGUAAGGCAACAUAGAGGUUUUGUAUUGUAUAUUCCUCUUUGUAUCUAUUCAAAUUUUUUCCUUUUUUACACAAUUGUACAAGAAACAUUUUUUGUAAUACAAAUAGAAAAGAAUAGAAUUACAUGACUUUUGAACGA